UCUCAAAGUGAGGAAAGGGAAGAAGCCUGAAAGCCCAACCAACCCAAACCAAUCGCAUCUCCCACUCGAAAAAAAAGGCAGGCAUCCAAAACCCAACCGGAGACGGAGGAGGUUACCCAUCAAUCAACCAACAACAAAGAGACCUACUGUACGUAUUUACGUACUCUACGUAGAGUAGAGAUUAGACAUUUGUUUUAUGUUAGCAAAAAACUAAAACAAGCAAGCACUUAUUUUGUGCUUGUUUAGUUGUGAUGAUCAAUUAGCCCGCCGCCUCCUCCCUCCUAUAUUACCCCGCCUCCCUUCCUUUGCAGCAGCAGCAGCAAGAACCACGGCUGUCCCUUUCUUCCCUCUCCUCCGUCUCCACUACUCCCAUCUCUCCAGUCCUCAAAAGCCUCGGUAACCAACCGCCCGGGAUGGCCGCCUUCUUCGGCGCUGCUCCGCCGCCGCCGCCGCCGCCGGGGCUAGCUUCGUUCCACCACCACGAGGAGGAGGAGCAGCAGCAUCAUAAGGACGCCGCCGAGGAGGUGUACCACGUGGACGACGUCGACGAGGGCGGCGCCGGCCAGGGGAAGCUCUGCGCCAGGGGCCACUGGCGGCCCGCCGAGGACGCCAAGCUCAAGGAGCUCGUCGCGCAGUACGGGCCCCAGAACUGGAACCUCAUCGCCGAGAGGCUCGACGGCAGAUCAGGGAAGAGCUGCCGCCUGCGGUGGUUCAACCAGCUGGACCCGCGGAUCAACCGCCGGGCCUUCUCGGAGGAAGAAGAGGAGCGGCUCCUGGCGGCGCACCGCGCGUACGGCAACAAGUGGGCGCUCAUCGCGCGCCUCUUCCCGGGCCGCACCGACAACGCCGUCAAGAACCACUGGCACGUCCUCAUGGCGCGCAAGCAGCGCGAGCAGACCGGCGCGCUCCGCCGCCGCAAGCCCUCCUCGUCGUCCUCGUCCUCGCCGGGCCCGGCGCCGACGCCGCACUUCGCGCCCGUCGUCGUCCUCCACCACCACCACUACGCCGGCUCCCCUCCCAUGCCGCUGCACGCCACCGCAGGCGCUUACACGACGGCUGCGGCUGCGGCGGACACCCGCGCGCACAGCGGCGGCGAGUCCGACGAGACCGCGUCCACCUGCACCACCGACCUCUCCCUCGGCUCCGCCGCCGCCCCCUGCUUCUACCAGAGUGGCUACGACGUGGUCCCGCGCGCCGCGGCGUUCGCGCCGAGCGCGCGCUCCGCCUUCUCCGCGCCAUCGGCGACGGCGCGCCACGGCGAGGCACGGUCCGACGACAAGGUGUCGCUGCCCUUCUUCGACUUCCUCGGCGUCGGCGCGGCGUGAUCGAGGGGCCGGCCCGGCACGGAGGCGGUGUACAGGAGGUGGUCAAACGACGAGAGCCCCGGUGGCGGUGGGUGAGGAGGAUGAAGAUGAACCCUCGCGCGCGUAGUUUAGCUUUAGACUCCGAGUUAAUCAUCAAGAACAACGAAGGCCUGAUGAGAGAGGAGAGGAGAGGACAAGAAUGGCGAUGAACUGUUGAACUGGUGUCGUGGCAUUGCAGACUCACAGCUCCUCAUCAGUUUUUUGCUGCUGAUGUUGCUAGUGAUGAACUCUGCUUGGGUUGGGAGACGAGUUGCAAGCACCACCAAAGCAUGAAUGGAUGCAGAAAGAAACCGCUUGUAACACAAACUGCAAGGCAAAGGCAGAUCAGAUCCUCUGCUGCCUGCCUCUCUUUUUACCCUGUCUCCCCUCCUCUCUUCUUUUCAUGCUCUGUUCUGUUUUGCUCUGCUCUGCUCUAGUAGGAUAUUUAUUUAUUUUUCGCUUUCUUUCUUUUUGUUUUGAAGAAGAAAGAUGAUGACGAAACAAGGAACCAAUUCCCUGCAUUGCAAUGCAACCAUUCCCUUCCCCUGCAUUGCGAAGUUGCAAUGUAGUAUA